AAUAGAAAGUUUGUCUGCUGUCCGAGAUUGUCUGGAAGCGAGGAGGACCGAGAGGACCGAGAGGAGUACGGAGCCCCGGAGGAGCGGUUAGUGCACGACGACGAGGAUGAGGAGAUCUCGGAGACUGAGACCCCGAAGGUGAAGAAGAAGAAGAAGGCCAAGAAGAGCAAAGAGAGCAAGGGCAGCAAGAGGCGGUCGCGCAGAGAGGAGCUCCCCAUUAGCUCACCAGAGCCCAUGGACGUGGGCGGGGUGGAGGAUGCCGAAGAUGGCGCCGCUGCCCAGCGCUCCGACAGCGAGGGCAGCGACUACACUCCAGGACGCCAAAAGAAGAAGAGAGGCAGCAGUGGCAAAGAGAAGAAGAGGAGUAGCUCCGGGGUGAGAGGAGCAAGAAGAAAAGAGCCCGAGCCCGAGGACGAUGAUGACGACGACGAUGACGACAACUCGGAGCCAAAGUCGUCGUCCCAGCUGCUCGAUGACUGGGGCAUGGAGGACAUUGACCACAUCUUCACUGAGGAAGACUACCGCUCUCUGACCAACUACAAGGCCUUCAGCCAAUUCGUCAGGCCCCUCAUCGCAGCCAAGAACCCCAAGAUCGCCGUGUCCAAAAUGAUGAUGGUUCUGGGCGCCAAGUGGCGCGAGUUCAGCACCAACAACCUGAGAGGAGCCGCUGCCGCCAACGCAGCCCUGGCCACCGCCAACGUACCGGCCGCGGUCGACACCAUGGUGGCGGAAGUCGCCCCGGUCGUUGCGCCGCCGCCGCCGCCGCCACCACCUGCAGCAGAGCCUCAGCGGCCUCCGCCGCCGCUACGCAAGGCCAAGACGAAGGAAGGCAAAGGUCCCAACGCUCGCAAGAAAUCCAAACCUACACCUAAACUAGAGAAGAAGAAUAACGCCAAGACCAAGAAAGUGGCUCUCAAAAUCAAACUGGGAGGCUUCAACAGCAAACGGAAACGCUCAUCGAGCGAGGAAGAUGAGCCUGAAGUGGACAGCGAUUUCGAGGACGGCAGCAUGAACAGCGUCUCAGUCUCGGAGGGAUCCAACAGCCGCAGCAGCCGCAGCAAAAAGAAGCCAUCCAAGAGCAAACCCAAGAAGAAGAAAGAAGCGGAGGAAGGUGACGGCUAUGAGACCGACCACCAGGACUACUGUGAGGUUUGCCAGCAGGGCGGAGAGAUCAUCCUGUGUGACACCUGUCGAGCGUACCACAUGGUCUGUCUGGACCCCGACAUGGAGAGCCCCGAGGGCACCUGGAGCUGCCCACACUGUGUAAAAGGAGGGCAUCAGUGGGAGGCCAGGGAGGAGCCCUCAGAAGGCGAAGAGGACACGGCAGAGACCGGGGAGAUGGAGAUGGAGGAGGACGACCUCCACAUGGAGUUCUGCAGGGUUUGUAAAGACGGAGGGGAGCUCCUCUGCUGCGACUCGUGCCCCUCGUCGUACCACAUCCACUGCCUUAACCCGCCGCUGCCAGAGAUCCCCAACGGAGAGUGGAUCUGCCCCCGCUGCACGUGUCCAUCCAUGAAGGGGAAGGUCCAGAAGAUCCUGACAUGGCGGUGGGGAGAUGCUCCUCCACCCACGCCAGUCCCCCGUCCUCCAGACCUCGCACCCGACGCCCCCGAUCCCUCCCCGCUGGCAGGGAGGCCGGACAGGGAGUUCUUCGCCAAGUGGUCCAACAUGUCGUACUGGCACUGCUCCUGGGUCACAGAGCUCCAGCUUGAGCUCCACUGUCAGGUGAUGUUCAGAAACUACCAGAGGAAGAACGACAUGGACGAUCCGCCGCCCAUCGACUUCGGCGAAGGAGAGGAGGACAAGAGCGUCAAGAGGAGAGCAAAGGACCCCAUGUAUGCACAGCUGGAGGAGAAAUACCUCCGCUUUGGAAUCAAGAUGGAGUGGCUGAUGAUGCACCGCAUCCUCAACCACAGUUUGGACAGGAAGAAUAACAUCCACUACCUGAUCAAGUGGAGAGAGCUGGCAUACGACCAGGCGACCUGGGAGGCCGACGACAUGGACGUACCUGACUUUGACACCUGCAAGGUGCAGUACUGGCACCACAGAGAGCUGAUGAUGGGAGACGAGGGGAAACCUGGGAAGAAGAUCAAGGUGAAAGGACGAGUGAAGCGGCCCGACAGACCUCCUGAGAACCCCGUGAUAGACCCGACUAUAAAGUUUGAUCGUCAGCCGGAGUACCUGGACAGCACGGGGGGGACGCUGCACCCCUACCAGCUGGAGGGACUCAACUGGCUGCGGUUCUCCUGGGCUCAGGGCACCGACACCAUCCUGGCCGACGAGAUGGGUUUGGGAAAGACGGUCCAGACGGCGGUCUUCCUCUACUCGCUCUAUAAAGAGGGCCACUCUAAGGGUCCGUUCCUGGUCAGCGCUCCGCUCUCCACCAUCAUCAACUGGGAGAGAGAGUUUGAGAUGUGGGCGCCCGACAUGUACGUGAUGACCUACGUCGGAGACAAAGACAGCAGAGCCGUCAUCCGAGAGAACGAGUUCUCCUUCGAGGACAACGCCAUCCGAGGAGGGAAGAAGGCCUCCAGGAUGAAGAAAGACUCGUCGAUCAAGUUCCACGUCCUGCUGACCUCCUACGAGCUCAUCACCAUCGACAUGGCGAUCCUGGGCUCCAUAGACUGGGCCUGCCUGGUGGUGGACGAGGCCCACAGACUGAAGAACAACCAGUCCAAGUUUUUCCGUGUGUUGAACAACUACCCUCUGCAGCACAAACUGCUGCUGACUGGAACUCCUCUGCAGAACAACCUGGAGGAGCUUUUCCACCUGCUCAACUUCCUCACACCUGAGAGGUUCAGUAAACUGGAGGUCUUCCUGGAGGAGUUCGCCGACAUCGCGAAGGAAGACCAGAUCAAGAAGCUGCACGACAUGCUGGGUCCGCACAUGCUCAGGAGGCUGAAGGCCGACGUCUUCAAACACAUGCCCUCCAAGACCGAGCUCAUCGUCAGAGUGGAGCUCAGCCCCUUGCAGAAGAAGUACUACAAAUUCAUCCUGACGAAAAACUUUGAGGCUCUGAACACCAAAGGAGGAGGAAACCAGGUGUCUCUGCUCAACGUCGUCAUGGACCUCAAGAAAUGCUGCAACCACCCUUACCUCUUCCCCACGGCUGCUAUCGAAGCUCCAAAGAUGCCCAACGGGAUGUACGACGGCAACUCUCUCACAAAGGCUGCUGGGAAACUGAUGUUGCUGCAGAAGAUGAUGAGGAAGCUGAAGAACGGAGGACACCGAGUGCUCAUCUUCUCUCAGAUGACCAAGAUGUUGGACUUGCUCGAGGACUUCCUGGAGAACGAGGGCUACAAGUACGAGAGGAUUGAUGGAGGGAUCACUGGAGGGAUGAGACAGGAAGCUAUCGAUCGCUUCAACGCUCCCGGCGCUCCGCAGUUUGCCUUCCUGCUGUCAACGAGGGCCGGAGGUCUGGGUAUCAACCUGGCCACCGCCGACACCGUCAUCAUUUACGACUCUGACUGGAACCCCCACAACGACAUCCAGGCCUUCAGCAGAGCUCAUCGUAUCGGUCAGAACAGGAAGGUGAUGAUCUACCGCUUCGUCACCAAGGCCUCUGUGGAGGAGAGGAUUACUCAGGUUGCCAAGAAAAAGAUGAUGCUGACUCACCUGGUGGUUCGACCCGGUCUCGGCUCCAAGACGGGCUCCAUGUCCAAACAGGAACUGGACGACAUCCUCAAGUUUGGAACGGAGCAGCUGUUCAAGGACGAGUUGUUUGAGAUCGGACUAAUUCGUGCAGGUGAGAGCAAGAGCAAGGAGGAGGACAGCAGCGUUGUCAUCCACUACGACGACAAGGCCAUCGACCGUCUGCUGGACAGGAACCAGGAAGCCACCGACGAAACGGAGCUUGCGAGCAUGAACGAGUACCUGAGCUCCUUCAAGGUGGCUCAGUAUGUGGUCAAAGACGAGGAGGAGGAGGAGGAGGAGGUGCAGCGGGAGAUCAUCAAACAGGAGGAGAGCGUGGAUCCGGACUACUGGGAGAAGCUGCUGCGUCACCACUACGAGCAGCAGCAGGAGGAUCUGGCCCGCAACCUGGGCAAAGGCAAACGUAUCCGCAAGCAGGUCAACUACAAUGACGGCUCUCAGGAAGACAGAGGUAAGAACGGAGCCGACUGGCAGGAUGACCAGUCUGACGGCCAAUCAGAUUACUCGGUGGCGUCUGAGGAGGGAGACGAGGACUUUGAUGAGCGAGCAGAAGCCAACUCUCGCAGGCCGAGCAGGAAGGGCCUGAGGAACGACAAAGACAAGCCGCUGCCCCCCCUGCUGGCCAGGGUGGGAGGCAACAUCGAGGUGUUGGGUUUCAACUCUCGGCAGAGGAAGGCCUUCCUGAACGCAGUGAUGCGUUAUGGGAUGCCUCCCCAGGAUGCCUUCACCACCCAGUGGCUGGUCCGAGACCUGCGAGGGAAAUCUGAGAAAGAGUUCAAGGCGUACGUCUCUCUGUUCAUGCGUCACCUCUGCGAGCCCGGAGCCGACGGGGCCGAGACCUUCGCAGACGGCGUCCCCAGAGAAGGGUUGUCACGGCAACACGUCCUCACCCGCAUCGGUGUCAUGUCACUCAUUCGUAAGAAGGUUCAGGAGUUCGAGCAUGUGAACGGCCAGUGGUCGAUGCCCUGGAUGGCCGAGCUGGAGGAGAGCAAGAAGGCGGCCGCAGCGGCGGCUCAGCCAGACUCGCCCGGGAAAACGCCGUCCACCGGCACCCCCGCCGACACGCAGCCCAACACGCCCGCUGCAGUUGACGAGUCCUCAAAGAGCGAGGAUGCAGUGAAGGAUGCAGUGAAGGAUGUAGAGAAGGACGCAGAGAAGGAGAUGAAGAAAGAAGGCGAGGCGGAGAAGAACGGCAAAGAGCCGGCAAAGACCAGCGACGAGGUGAUCGCCAUCCCGGACGACGACGACGAGAAGAGUCCGCCGGCGGAGCAGGAGAGCAAGAAGAACGGCGAUGAGCCGAUGGAGACGGACAAACCGAGCAACGGAGAGGCGGAGAGCGUUAAAGAGAAGGAGAGCGAGAAGGAGAAGGAGAAGGAGGACGAGGCAGAGAGCGAGAAGAAGAGUCCAGAGGGAGGAGAGGAAACCAAGGUGCCUCCAGAGGCCAAGACGGAGGGGUCAGAGGUCAAACCAGAGGUCUCUGAGAUCAAAGCAGAAGAAAAGAAAGAAGAAAAGACAGAGAAGAUGGACACCACUCCUCCUGCAGAGGAAAAGAAAGCUGAUCUGAAGGAGGAGAAGGAGCCUCAGAAGCCGGAGGAGGCGACGACCAAACUGCAGAACGGAGACAGCAGCAAGGAGAGCGGAUCCUCAGCUGCCAUCGCCGUCACUGCUACUGCCACCGCUGCCACCGCCGCCACUGCUGCCACCGCCACCGCCGCCGCAGCCAUCAGCGAGGAGAAGAAGAAGGCCAAGACCAGGUUCAUGUUCAACAUCGCUGACGGAGGAUUCACAGAGCUUCACUCUUUGUGGCAGAACGAGGAGCGCGCCGCCACGGUUACCAAGAAAACCAACGAGAUCUGGCACCGUCGUCAUGACUACUGGCUGCUGGCUGGCAUCAUACAACACGGUUACGCCCGCUGGCAGGACAUCCAGAACGACGUGAAGUUCGCCAUCCUCAACGAGCCCUUUAAAGGAGAGAUGAACCGAGGCAACUUCCUGGAGAUCAAGAACAAGUUCCUCGCCAGGAGGUUCAAGCUGUUGGAGCAGGCGCUGGUGAUCGAGGAGCAGCUGCGUCGCGCCGCCUACCUCAACAUGUCCGAGGACCCCUCCCACCCCUCCAUGGCACUCAACACCCGCUUCAGCGAGGUGGAGUGUCUGGCCGAGUCCCACCAGCACCUCAGCAAGGAGUCCAUGUCCGGGAACAAGCCGGCCAACGCCGUCCUGCACAAAGUGCUGAAGCAGUUGGAGGAGCUGCUGAGCGACAUGAAGGCGGAUGUCACCCGCCUCCCGGCAACCAUCGCCCGGAUACCGCCGGUUGCCGUGCGACUCCAGAUGUCCGAGAGGAACAUCCUGAGCCGGCUGGCGAGUCGAGGGCCCGAGACACAGACGCAGUCACAGACACAACAGAUGUCGCAGCAGUAGACUGAAACUCUGCGCUUUACCUCGAAAACCAACCCCCUGCCUCACCUCGACAUUCCUGAUCGGUGCACAGCAGAAUGACGGACAGCGCGCUCAAGCUUGAAGCCACGCCCAGUUCACCCCCCUCCCUCCCCUUCCCCCCCCCCCAAACAGACUUUAAACAGAGUUUUUCUGGAGGAUCGAAUCCCAACUUCCCCAAAGUUUCAGGCUGUGGACAGAAAAGCUAUUUUAUUUUUUUCCUCCUUUUUUCAAUUUCUGUAUUAAUAUUAUUGAUAUAAUGUUAUUAUGAUGGUUUUUUGGGACCUAAAUAAAAAAAAUAAAAUAAA